AUGCAUUUACCUUUUUUUCUUGUACACGCCAUUCUCUUUGGCAAUAUUGUGUGUGCUGAGGUGAUUUCGUCAAUUCGAACAAUUCAAACUGAUUACAGCAGUGGCAGAGAAGCACGUCAACUCCUUAUUCAUCCAUAUCUAAAACAGGCUGACCUGGUGAUUCCUCGUGAACGUCUAUUCGGCCUAUCCAAUGUAAACAAUGCUUACAAGUUCUUUUCGCCAUUUAUCAACGUUGCUCCGAGACCCAAGGGCCGCAAUCCUGAAUCGCCAAGGACUUUUAGUAGUUGUAAAAGCAGAGAUGGCCACAUGGGAAACUGCGUCCCAUCUGCCUUUUGCAAUGCAUAUGGAGGACGUUCAGGUGGUUCGUGCGGAUCACUGGCUGUCUGCUGCAUCUACACUAUUGUGAAGUGCGGAGAAAAGACGACAUUGAAUAACACUUAUUGGCGAAACCCUCCUUCUGUAAGUUCAGAUACGUCUUGUAGUCUGACUUUUACAUUGGAUAACAGCCUUAUCGAGCAGCGAAAACCUAUUUGCCAAGUUCGCUUAGAUUUCAAAAGCUUUACCGUUGCUCAACCGAAUCCUGCCACGGGACAUUGCGAUUCCGAUUAUCUUCAAGUCGUAGGAGCAGUUAAUAAGGUGCCCAUCAUUUGUGGGGAUAAUGACGACCAACAUAUGUACCUGGAAGCUCCAACACCAACGACUGAGUUCAUGUUUUUAAUGAAGUUCGGUGUAUCGCCAGUCACUCGCAGUUGGAACAUUGGUAUCUCGCUGAUUCCUUGUGGUACCGACUUUCUUGCUCCAAGAGAUUGCCUUCAGUAUUUUACAAGACACAUGGGUACCGGUUCUGUGAAGUCCUUCAACUGGAGAGACGCGUCUGGCAUGCGUCAAUUGGCUGAUAUGGAUUACAAAAUUUGUUUCCGGAAUGAAAUCAUUACCAACAGACAGAAGGCAACCAGAAUUUGUUACACCCAGUGCGUUACUCGAGGCAAUGGUCAGAGCUUCCGGCUUGGCAGAUUUCCAUCUAGUACAUCCAGAAAUGGCGCAAUUAAUUGUCCUGAAGAUUUCGUCCUCAUUCCAAAUGGGUUUAAUCCUUUGAUACCAACGGACGUUUCGGAUCGCUACUGUGGAGGCGCCCUCAACCCUGCUGCUACUGGUGGAUCUCCUGUUACAGUUUGCUCUACCAUUAAGGAUUUCACCGUGAUCUACCACACGAACGAUGUAGAGGGGGCUAUUUCGACUGAUGUAGAAAGUUCUGGAUUUUGCUUCGACUACGAACAAAGAUUGGCUUAAGAGGAUCAGUUUGCCUACACGUUCAUUUCUUGCA